UUGGCCGGGCGCGGGGGGAGGCGUGUCCCGGGGCUCGCUCUCGGUUGGCCCGAGCAGACCUCGGUGCUGGGACUCGCCCUCCUGUACAACUCGCCGCAGUGACCUGCUCUGGGCAGGUGGUGCCAUGGAGCCCGAGACCCGCAGCAUCCAGAUUGAGUUCCCGCACUAUGCUGCGGUGCUGCUGGAGUCACUCAACAAGCACCGCUUGGAGGGCAAGUUCUGUGACAUCUCCAUCCACGUGCAGGGCCGGGUCUUCCAGGCUCACAAGAGCGUGCUGGCAGCCUCCUCUCCCUACUUCCAUGAUAAGCUGCUCCUCAAUGACACCAACUGCAUUGUGCUGCCCACUGUCAUUGAGCCAGAGGCCUUUGAGAAUUUGCUACAGCUCAUCUACUCUGGCCGCCUCAAGCUGCUGAUGGAGGCACUGCCCAGUCACCUGCUGGUGGCCAGCGGGCUGCAGAUGUGGCAGGUGGUGGACCAGUGCUCUGAGAUCCUUAAAGAGCUAGAGGGGGGCCCCUGCCGGCCCUGGUCCAGCCGGGCAAGCGAGAGCCAGUCCCCCAGUAGCAGCAACUAUUUUGCUGUGAAGGAUGAUGGGGAGCCAGGGGGUGGCAGCUCAGAGGGGCCUGGGCAUGGUGGGGUGUCAUCAGGCCGAACAGCACCAGGCUGCCCUGACAAUGAGGUGAUGAAGAUCCAGGUGUCACAGGAGGAAGAGGAGGAGGAAGAGGAGGAGGAGGAGGAACAUCAGGCCCAGAUCUGCAGCGGCUCAAUGGACAAGGCCGUAAAGAUUGUACUGGAGGAAGAUGAAGAGGGUGGUGGCAGAGGUGGCUCCAAGGGGCAGUCUUCAGGGGAGCUGGACAGUGCCUUCCAUGGACCCCGUGACCACCCCAAGAUCUUCUACAUCAAGCAGGAGCGCUUUGACCCUGACGAGGCAGCAGUGGCAGGACUGGGAGGUGGUGUGAAUGCUGCAGGUGAAGCCAGCUUUCUGAAGUCGCUGGCACAGGGGCGGGCGUUGGGUAUGGCUGAGGUUCAGGGUCUGUGCCAGGCAGAGUUCCAGCCAAGCAGUGAAGUCAGCUACAUAAUCCCUGCUGCGGGCACUGGUGCCACCUCCUCCUCUUCCUCCAUUGCUGCCCCUGGCUUCACUAUUAAGGCCCAGCCCCUCUCCUCCGAUGAGGCCAGCUUCCCCCAGAGCUCCUGGAAGCCAGUGGACCUACAUGGCAAUGAGAUCAUUGCCCAUGCAGUGCAUGGCCAGGUGGUGCAUGCACCUGUUAAAAUUGUGACAGCGCCUGAUGGAAAGAAGUUUGGCUGCCUGUGUGGCAAGCGCUUUGCCGUCAAGCCCAAGCGUGACCGGCACAUCAUGCUGACCUUCAGCUUGCGCCCCUUCGGCUGCUCCGUCUGCAACAAGAAAUUCAAGCUGAAACACCACCUGACGGAGCACAUGAAGACCCACGAUGGGAACCUGUAUUCAUGCGAGGACUGUGGGCGCAAGUUCCGUGUGCAGAACUGCUUCCUCAAGCACAAGGAGCUGUGCAAGGGCCAGGGCUGGGCCACUGCUUGUUGGACCUACAAAUAAAACCCAGGGCGGGACUGAGUGGAGGACUCCUGCCAGCCUUCUCUAGGCCUGAUCCAGCCCCUGAGCUUUGUUGCUCUGUAUCCUUGCAGCUCUGCCCUCCUGAGCUUGGUAACCUGCUCUAGGGCCCCAGGGACACCAAAACAUGAAGGGACACAAAUGGGAGCUGGGCAGGCCAGGGGAUUUGGCCCCAGCAUGGUGGCUCCCCAUGCUGCUCCAUGGCUUAGUGUUUCCAACAUACAGAACUUGCCAUGGGUCAAAGGGGGGAGAUAGAGAAAGCGAGAGAACCCCAGGCUAAUGUGGGAGCUUAAGGCAGGAGGGUGGAGCAAGAGGCUGAUGGGAACCUCAAGGCAGGGGAUUAACAGCCACAUUACAUCCCUGUUCCCAAUCUGGCCCUGCCCUCCUCUGAAAGGAUACUGCUCUGUUGUGAGUGAACUCAACUGCUGGAUCCCACUUACUCUUCACUCAGCUGAGUCUGGGCAGAGCUGUGUCACUGUUCCUGGCUCUGGGUUUAUAAGGCACACUCCCAGGUGUGGAUUCCAUGGCUGCCACCUUUCCUUGGGACUUGGGAAUCUGUAGCCUAGCCACCAAAACCAGCAUCUCAGCCUUCCCCACCCCUCAAGUGUUUGUACAUAUUCCCUCAGAAUCUGUCUUGCUGUGGGCGCUCAGGGUGAUGACUAACUCCUUAGGGACAAUAAGGUAGGUAAGCAAAGAACCCAGGCUCAGCAAAGUGAUUUCUUAACCAUAGACACUUUAGUCUUAAAGCAGCGGAGUGUUACAGAUCUGUGAAAACCACAGUCCUGAGCUCCCCUCCAGUCUGAUCUCACUCCUUCUGCGAGACUGAGUUCUGGGCAGUGUUCCAGACAAGGCCAAGUCCCUCCUGCCUUCUUUCCAUCAAGCCUGGUCUUGUGGAGUGUGGCAGUGGGCAGCCCGCCCUUCUCCGGGAGCACUCCCCUUAAACCUAGUCUUUGACACUUUUGGACCAUGUGCCCAGUCUAGGAUAUUCCAACCCCAUGCCCUGUGAGACCCAGGGAAGAAAAACAUUGUCCCCUGAACUGGGCAAGUCUUUGAAUCAUCCAAAGUUGAUGGGCCUUGAUGGUCCAGUCGUUGAUAGUCCUUUCCCUGGCAGGGCAGUGUCUGGAACAGACUGGCUUUGUUGAAGUCAGGCUGGCUUUUCAACACAGUGCACAAAAUGAGAGAGAGGCGCAUAAACAAAAAUCAAAGCCAAAUGCCGUUCACCAUUUGGUACAGACAUAACUCUUUUCUAUUGCUGCCACUGGCUAGGUCAGUAACCUGGAUGCUACCAACCCCAGCACUGUGGCAUGCAUGGGCAGGACGGGGAAAGCUCAGUGUGGGAGCCAUGGCCAUAGAACCAUAGUGGGUUUUGCCCAGGUUUCCUGGUUCUGCAGGGAGGCUUUUGGCUGUAUUGCUCCCACUGUCACCCCACCCGCCUUCCAAUCAGGCCCAGUGUGAGCUCCCCCUCCUGCCAGAGCAGCUCAGCCACUCCAUUCCCAACCCCUUCAUUGUGCUGUGAGGCACAUCCCAGGCCUGUGGACUCAGAUUCCCUGUGAGCCCCAGCACGGGACUAGGGUGGGUUGGGGACAGGGGUAGAGACUGGUGUGAAUGUGCUGUACGCUAGAGAGUGUGGGUCUUUGCGCACCCUUCUAAUGGCUGGUGCACAAAGCAGGUGGCAGAGUGACAUGUUCAGAGCAAGCAGUAAAGGUCAAUUUUGUGGAGCUGAAGUCCCUGGGUCACUUCCACUAUGAGCCAUGUGAGGUUGGGGUUGUCAGCCCCUCUGCAAUCCCUUACUCUGCUUGAUUUCUCCCCCUAUCUUCUGGCUUCAGCAGCCUCACCCAUUCUUGUCCCUGGCUUCCUGCUAUGGGUGUGUUUCUUAUUGACCUUGUUUUAUUUUCCCUCUUUUUCCCACCAGUUCCUUGCCGUGGUUCAUGCCCUUUCCCACUGGCAUCACUGGCCCGGGUGAGAAUCUGUUUCCUUGAAUAACACCUUGAGCCUUCUCAUUCACCCAAAGAGGGAAAGCUACUCCCUUGUUUUUAACUGUAUGCACCUCCCUGGAUCCCCCUGCAUGGGCUGUGCUCACACACCUCUCCCUGCCAGCCUCUGCUCUUGGUUAAGAACAUAAGAAUGGCCAUGCUGGGUCAGACCAGUGGUCCAUCUAACCUCAUAUCCUGUCUUCUGACA